AUGACCGUUUUCGUUUCUUUCUUUGUUUCUUUUCUAAUUUGUCGUUGUUUACUUUCUUUCUUUUUGAUUGUCUAUCAACACGAUUUCUUUCUUUCUUUUUUCUUUCUUUCUUUUUUCUUUCUUUCUUUCUUAACUCCCAUUUUUCUCUUUUUGUCUCCAUUAACUUUUUCGUUUCUUUCUUUCAUAUAUACCAUUGUCGUUUAUUUUCUUUCGUUUUCAUUUUCUCUCAACACGUUUUCUUUCUUUUUUCAUAUUCUUUAUCAUUCUUUCUUUCUUAACUCUCAUUUUUUCUCUUUUCGUCUCAAUUACCGUUUUUGUUUGUUUCUUUCUUUCUUUCUUUUUUCUUUACACUUUUUGCCUAACCUUUCUUUCUUCCUUUCUGUCUUUCUUUCUUUCUUUCUUUCUUUCUUUUAUACUUUGUCAAUGUUUAUUUUCUUUUUUUUUGAUGUUCUCUCAUCACUUUUUUCUUCUUUCUUUUUUUUUCUUGCUUUCUUUCUUUCUAUCUCUUUACUGUAA